AUGGGAAGGAAGGUGCCGAAGAGCCCUGGACAGCUGGAAUGCCCGACCCUGCCCAAGAAGGGGCCUGCCCGCGGCCGCGAGAGCUCCAGACCACCAGUCUCAGCUGCUACUCAGUGCCUGGCCAAGACGCAGGGUCCGGCCUUCGAGGGCCGCGGGCACCGGGGACCUGCGUGGGCCUUUCCGCUGCGCUCCUCUGCGGGGCGCCCUCUCCCUGGCGCGCCUUUGAACCUGGCAUCGAAGCCGCCUGAUAGACACUUCGAACAAUCCGGGAGAGAAACAAAAAGAUCUCAGUUUGCCCGCAUAAACGCUGCGAAGUCACUCUCAGUUUCCUGGCUUCUCGUAAAGGUGGCCGGGGCCGUUUACAGUAAGAACGGAAUAAUGUUUGCGACUCCAUCUAACUGCAGCCACCGUUAUUUCAGAACACCCCCACCCCACCUCGACGGUGCUUUUGAGAAAAAACGGGGCAGAACGUCUGCCAGGAGACGUCGGAGGAAACGCGUUUACCACCUGGGCGACCUUGACUGCAGCCGAUUAAAGUUUAAUCCGAGCACCUGCGAACCUUAUGGCCAAAAGAUGGAGAAGUCUGUGCAGGCCUCCCCUUGUGCCUCGGAGAUGCUCACUGCAGGUUCUCUAUUGGAUGCCUUCACCUGCUUCAAAUGGGGUCCCCCCUUCCGGACGGAAUUCUCCAGGCCGUCCCGCGCUCGCCCAGCGCCCCAGCUGAGUGACCCGCAGGUCACUCCCUGGGUGGCAGGGGCCCCACAGUCCAGCAAGCCGGUGUCCCCCGCGGGCUGGCCGCGCACUGCGAGAAGGCAUUUCCUCCUUCCGGCCGAGCCCUUCUCCAAGCUCCCUCUGCUUGUAACUCACGCUCCGGUCCUUUACGCGAAGGCUGUCUCCAGCUCCAGUGAAGAGCGAUCAGAGGCACUGUCGGAGGAAAGAGCUCUUCCACCACCGCCGCCGCUGCCGCGGCCGCGGCCGCCGCCGGCUUCGGAGUCACCUAGGCCUCCCAGAGCCGAGUUUUGGAGGCCGGAGUUUGCGCCAACUCUGGGGAGUCCAGGCGCGGCUGGCCAAGGCUUUGCAGUGGAGGAUGCUCCUCAUGGGAGUCUGGAACCUGGUUGUUCUGAAAUGCCCCUCAACCAGUUUUUCCUCUGGAUCUUUCUUCCUUUGACAUUAUCUCUGUGCCCCAGCCCACCUAGGGUGGGAGAGAGUGGGUUAAGAUGUUCUGCAAAAGUGGCUUGUAAAGCUGCUUGGAUACAUUAAAA